GCGACGAUUGGUCAAAUUCUGAGAACAAGGAAGUGCCAAGCUCUCGUAAAGCUUCAGAAGCCAGCUUCGUUCAAACGUCUAGUUUGGAAUCUUUGCCUAGUCGUUAUUGAACGUAUACGUUUGAAAUAAUUACGACGCACGUAGACAAGUGUCUUUUUGACUGAGCAGUGUCGCACGUUGCUGCUUUGCUAAAUUUUCGGUUUACUUAUUCAUACAACGCUAACUAAAGCCGGACGUCAUUUCAGCCAUAGUGAAGCAGUCAGUUUAGCAUCAUUAGCAUCUGUGACAGCUACCGACUUUGAUAACCAUACACACCUUCCAUUACGAAUAGAACUCAAUGCCGGUGGCUCGGUGAAAGGUGCGUGGUUCGGUUUGUUUUAGUAACGCAAUCGUUGCUGGAUGUGCGGGGACAGAAGAGACUGUGACAGCAGCUCCAGCUAGCGGCUAGCCAUGGGGAGAGCCGUGUUUAUUUGCACUUUUCUCCUCGUCGUCUUCGCCUGCGGGCUCACAGCUGACGAGGAGCCACACGGGAAUGACAGACCAGAACUUAAGCCUUACCACGAUCCAGAAACGGAAGAGGACGACGUCCGCUUGAGCUCCAAAAUUGUAGUGCCCGAUUCUACCGACACCCCGCCUUCUGCCCAUCAUGUUUCAGAAGAAGAGAAGCAGUCAGGAGACGUUCUGGCAGGAGAAGAGAAGGAGGACCUGCCAGAACAACACGUACAAGUGGAGAACCCCAAACAAAUUCCCGUGGUGAACGGCGGCACAGCUGACGGAGAGCCCUGCGUCUUCCCCUUCGUCUUCCAAAACAAGGAGUUCUCGGACUGCACGGCCCAAGGCCGAGGGGACGGGCGCCUGUGGUGCGCCACCACCUACAACUACGACCACGACAAGAAGUGGGGCUUCUGUGAGACCGAGGAGCAGGCCCAGCUCAGACUGCAGGCAGAGGAGGCGGAGGACGAGUACCAGGACUUCCUGCGCAUGCUCAACAACACCGCCAGGAAGAUCCAGAGAAAAAUGCUGUACCAGAAUCUGCUGACGGUGGCCGAGAGAGGCCACCAGCGGGCCAUGGAGAAGGUGGCCUACGCCAUGUUGUUCGGAGACUACAUGAGUCAGAACAUCAGCCGUGCCAGGGACAUGUUUGAGAAGCUCGCCGCCGAGGGCUCCCCGAAAGCACAGACGGCUCUUGGAUUUCUAUACGCUGCUGGACUUGGAGUUAACUCCAGUCAAGCCAAGGCGUUGGUGUACUACACCUUUGGUGCCCUGGGAGGAAACUUGAUCGCCCACAUGAUUUUGGGUUACAGAUAUUGGGGCGGCGUGGGCGUCCCUCAAAGCUGCGAGUCUGCGCUGACGCACUACAAGCUGGUGGCCAAUCAAGUGGCCAACGACGUGUCGCUGACGGGCGGCUCGGCCGUGCAGAAGAUCCGGCUGCUGGACGAGCUGGAGAACCCGGGCUCCAGCAGCGGCAUGCUGGAGGAGGACCUCAUCCAGUACUACCAGUUCCUUGCCGAGAAAGGCGACGUGCAAGCUCAGGUGGGACUGGGUCAACUUCACUUGCACGGAGGACGUGGCGUGGAACAGAACCACCAGAGGGCAUACGAAUACUUCAACCAGGCUGCCAAUGCAGGAAACACACACGCCAUGGCUUUUCUAGGCAAGAUGUACAGUGAAGGCAGCGACUUCCUGACUCAAAACAACGAUACGGCCCUGCAGUACUUCAAAAAGGCUUCAGACCUGGGAAACCCCGUGGGUCAGAGUGGCCUCGGCAUGGCGUACUUGUACGGAAGAGGCGUCUCAGUGAACUAUGAGCUGGCGCUGAAGUACUUCCAGAAGGCAGCUGAACAAGGCUGGGUGGAUGGCCAGCUGCAGCUGGGCACCAUGUACUACAAUGGCAUGGGCGUAAAGCGUGACUACAAACAGGCACUGAAGUUUUUCAACCUGGCCUCCCAGGCUGGACACAUCCUGGCCUUCUACAACCUGGCGCAGAUGCACGCCACCGGCACCGGCGUCAUGCGCUCGUGUCACACGGCCGUGGAGCUGUUCAAGAACAUGUGCGAGCGCGGCCGCUGGUCCGAGCGUCUGCUGACGGCGUACGCCAGCUUCAAGGAGGGCGACAGCGACGCGGCGCUGGUGCAGUACCUGCUGCUGUCCGAGCAGGGCUACGAGGUGGCCCAGAGCAACGUGGCCUUCAUUCUGGACCAGAAAGGCGCCAAGAUCUUCAACGACAACGAGACGUACCCUCGGGCUUUGCUCCACUGGACCAGAGCUGCCGCUCAAGGCUACACGGUGGCCAGGAUCAAAUUAGGCGACUAUCACUUCUACGGCUUCGGAACCGACGUGGACUACGAGACGGCCAUCAUCCACUACCGGCUGGCUUCGGAGCAGCAGAACAGCGCUCAGGCCAUGUUCAACCUGGGCUACAUGCACGAGAAGGGACUGGGGAUCAAACAGGACAUCCACCUGGCCAAGCGCUUCUACGACAUGGCGGCGGAAGCCAGUCCUGAUGCACAGGUGCCCGUCUUCCUGGCUCUGUGCAAGCUGGGCCUGGUCUACACUCUACAGUACAUGCGGGACCUCAAUCUGAAGGAGCUGGUCUCUGAUGUGGACUUGGACCAGCUCUUGGGUCCCGAGUGGGACCUCUACCUCAUGACGAUCCUUGCCUUGCUCCUCGGCACCGUCAUCGCCUACCGCCAGCGCCAACGGCAGCAGCAUAUCAUGAUGCCCCCUCGGCCCCCUGCACCGCCGCCUCCGCCGACCCCUCCGCCGCCGCCCGCCCCCGAAACCCCGCAGGAGCAAGCGCCAGCCCAAGAUGAGGAAGAGGAGCUGCAAUGAGAAAUAGAGGAAAUGGACGUACGCUCUCUGGAGUAGCUCGCACUUGCCGACUGGACACAGCCGCACUAGGGCUCACUCCCAAAGACUCAAAAUGGCUGCCGGUGUGUGCAGUUUCUUCCCGGGAAGACACGGGUGUGGGACUCACGGGACUUGGGAGUGAAACAUACGCUGGAGUCCAAACGAUCAACAAAAAUAACACUCAUCUGUUUUCAAAGUCAUCUGGAAGAAAGAGGUUUUUUUGCAUGCUUCAUUUAAUUUCAGACUUUUUUUUUUUUAGUUCCAGAGUGUAGUUCUAAGCAAACCUUAAUUUAUACAGAAGCUGAAGUGGAAUUUUCCAGACUUUUGUUUUUUUUUCCUCUGUCAUUAUUUAAUUCUAAUCUCGCUCAUUGUUUGUUUUCUUUGAAGAAUCACCUUUAAUACAACAACAGCCUUGAAGAAACUUAGUUUUCAACCAAAAAUGACACCACUUUUUUUUUUUUUCCACAUUAAACACAGGAAUUGAGACAUUAAAAAAGAAAUCGAAUGAAA